AUGUCCUGCUAUGAUCUGUGCCGUCCCUGUGGGCCAACCCCACUGGCCAACAGCUGCAACGAGCCCUGUAUCAGGCAGUGCCAGGACUCCAGGGUCAUUAUUGAACCAUCUCCCGUGGUGGUGACCCUGCCCGGACCCAUCCUCAGCUCCUUCCCCCAGAACACCGCCGUAGGAUCCUCAGCAUCUGCUGCUGUUGGCAGCAUCCUGAGUGAGGGGGGAGUUCCCAUCAACUCUGGGGGCUUCAGCCUCUCUGGUCUUGGUGGUCGCUACUGUGGCAGAAGGAGCCUGCCCUGCUAAAGCCAGGCUGUAUGUCUCCAGUGAAUGCAUGGAGCAGGAUGCCCAAAGCCAGGUGCCGGACUGAGGACACUG